AGAUUCAGCUCUUUAUCAACACUUGAUAACAUUUCAUCAAGUUUCACCUUCUUCUCAACUCAGCAUCAAAGUGUCACCGUCUUCUGGUGUGCAGACAGAACCUUCACCCUCACCCCUAGAAAUCUCAUCUGCAAGAAACUUAACUUCUUCACCUCGUUCUAGUUUCCCCCUCUUUCACGCAAUCACACUCUCUACCGUAAAUAAUCAAGAGAGCCUUUGUUCUUUGCAUCCAUCCAGGAAGUGAUAUCUCUUAUUGGGUGGGCAUACCGCAUAAGCCACUAAAAAGAAACUGAAAACAACAACCGGUUAAGAUAUAAUUGGUUCUUUAACCGGUUCGAUUGGAUUAGUACGUUGACCGGUUAAGAUAAAAUAAUCAAACUAAAUACCUUGCGUUGACCAAUCCAAAGACAUUUUUUGGUGGAGACAUGAGCUAUGUGUUUCCCCGUUGCUUGGUCUCUUCUUCGGCGUCUAUCUCUCUUCCCAACCGUCCUCCUCUCAGGUACGCCGUGCUUGGUGCCGGUUUUGCUGGAAUCUCCGUUGCGUGGCACCUUCUCAAGGACUGUCCAAAGGAGCUGAGCUUAAGUGUUGAUGUAUAUGAUGAAGUUGGCAUAGGAGGUGGUGCUUCUGGAGUUUCUGGAGGUCUCCUCCACCCUUAUUCUCCUAAAGGGAAGCUACUUUGGCAUGGUGGUGAGUGUUGGAGAGAGUGUUUAGAGCUCUUAAGUGUUGCAGAGACAGCAGCAGCUUCUUCUUCUGAUGCGGAGAAGGGAGACUGUAACCAGAGUUUUGGAGAUUUUAUGGUUCGAAGAAGGGGAAUCUUGAGACCAGCAACAAAUGCAAAGACUUUGAGUUUAAUGACUGAUAAUGCUAGAAACUGCCUUGCCGGUUGUGUAGUAGAGACUAUUGACAAAGAUGUUGCCCAAAGCCUUGUCCCCAAUCUAUGCUUGCCUUUGAACUCCGCCUUCUAUCUCCCAGGAGCUAUGAAUGUUAAUCCGCAGCGCUAUCUCCAGGCACUCUUUCUAGCAUGCCAAAACUCAGCAAGUGAAUCACUUGGAAGGACAAACAUAACUUUAGUGAAGCAAUCUAUAGAUAAUGUGCUUGAACUUGAAGGAGAAUAUGAUGCUGUUGUAAUAUGUCUUGGAUCCAAGGUUAACUUUCUUCCUGGCCUCACUGGGAAGCUCCCCUUAAGGACAUGCCGUGGUGUCAUUACUCAUCUGCAGUUACACGAGAGUGUCAGGGGAAGUUACCCUGAAGCUGGACCUUCGAUCUUGUCAGACGCAUGGCUCGCGGUUCAGGGACCACGUGACCUACACAUGGGAUCCACAUGGGAAUGGCAAUCAAGAAACUAUUCACCUGAUGUCUCAGCUGAGGAAGCUUCAAAAGCUCUCGCCGAGCUUCUUCCAAAGGCGAGUGCAGUUUAUCCAGACAUAGACAAGUGGGAGUUUGCAGGAGCAAGGGCUGGGUUGAGAGCAAUGCCACCUGUUACAAGCCAUGGGUCACUGCCGCUCUUGGGGUGUGUAGACCAGCUCGUAGGUGCGGCAGAAGGUGGAUCUUGCAAGUUCUGGGUGUUUGGAGGGCUUGGAUCAAGAGGACUACUCUAUCAUGGUUGGCUUGGGAAACUUAUUGCUAAAGCUGUUUUGUGUUGUAAGGAAGAAUUAUUACCUUCUGAACUUACCUCUUGGAAGAUGAAUAAUAGAGUGAAAAGUUGAAUUCUAUUUAUGAUUUUUGUGUUAGAAGAUAUCUUUGUGUAAUGUUUGGGUGGACAAGUCCAAGAAAAGUCCACUCAAAUCUAUUAUAGCCUA